AUGAAAAUUGUUCAUUAUCUCCGGAUCCUUGUCGUGGCAUCUGAAAUUUCUUUCAGCGGUAUGGAGCAACCUCUGCUCGUCUCUUCUUCCCCGGCGCCGCCAUCGCCGGCGUCCGACGACUCCCCCGGCUUCCUGAUUCGUCUCCUUCUCCUGGUGGCCGUCGCAGCCUUCUCCCUCUGGGCCAACUACGAAGCCUCCAAGGGCUUCCAGGUCACUGUCCUCAACAACGCCGCCGCUGCCGCCGCCGCCGCCUCUGUCUCCUCUUCCCCUCCUACUCGACGCUUUGACCUGCUCUUCGUCGCCAACGGUCGCGCCGCCGACUCCGUGCAGCGCGCGCUCUACCCGGACGCCUCGUUCCCGCGGAAGCCGGUGGAGCGGGUGACGCUCUCCAUGGCGCCGGCGGUCGCGGCCGACCAAGGCGACUGCGUCCGCGAAGUGACCGUCGCCGUCAGGCGCGGCCGCCGCGAGGGGGAGUUCGCGGUGGAGUUGAGGCCCCGCGUCAUGGAGGCGGCGGACGUGGCGGAGGCGGUGGGCGGCGCGGUGCGGCGGGGCGUGGCGCGGGUGUGGCUCUGGGACGGCCAAGGCCGGGCGCCGAAGCGGGUGCUCGCCGCCCUCGAGGACUACCUGGCCACGUCAUCAGCAGACGCGCUACGUGGGGCGUUGGCCAGCCAAUCAGGGAAUCACAGCGCUGCUACGGUACUACCGCAGGAAGAUUUCGUAUGCGUGGCUCGUCUGAACAGGGCCAUGAAGGACGCUUGGGACGACCGCAUGCUAACGGAAGCAUGCGCCUCGAUCGCUGCAUGA